CCGGUCGAACGAUGGCAGUUAUAUACCGAAGCUCUCCGUGUCCCCGGCCUCGAGAUGCGCCCGAGGCCGAUGGAAAAUCAGCGCUGAGCGCUGGAAUGGGCGGGGCGGGGCUGUGAAGACAGGAUAUUCAUACGCGCGCUGAUGACAGUGCAUUCACUAUGCACUCAGUCUUUCUGGCUAGGACGCCGCUUUUGUAAGUCUGACUCAUCUUGUGCAAUACUGAGAUAGUUUAGCGCGUAUCCACGGGAUGAUCAUGAUGACUCGCAGCACAGACUCGAUAACUCCGUUAUAAAUGAAUGUCCUUCCAGAGAGGCAUAACAGCCCACUGCUCAAUUACUUUCGACGACGAUGACGACUGCUUACCUGGACACAUCCUCUUCCUCUCUCAUUGCCUGCACCAACUGCCGGGAGCGCAAGACCAAAUGCAUCCCACCGGCAAAUCUCCAGACCACCAACAGUCCUUGCGAGCGCUGCGUUCGCAAGGGUUUACGAUGUCAAUAUGUCAGGAGCGCCGCUCGUUCAUCCCCAUAUAAUCCAUCCGCAACAUUACCUUCCUCCUCGCCAUCGCGCAACACCGGAACCAGUGCGCUUCCGAACACUGGCCCGCCUCCGACCGGCCAUCCUAGGCCUCGAUACGCGGAUGGACAGUACCCAAAUUUAUCCCUCGGCUCUGGCGCCGGUCAGCCGCAGGCGCAGUCAUAUCCGGUUCCCACUGCCUACGCCGGGCACGCUCCCAAUUUUCAGGCAACGCAGUAUUCAAUGGCGGGUGGAUAUUACAACUCGAACACACAGGCAGCGGGCUCGGCACAGCUUGUGCCCAUGCCAUUCUUUGCGGGACCAGAUGCUCGGUACGGGUAUGCAGCUGGCCAGGAGGAGUGGAACGCUCACUCAAACCCACCGGGGAACGGGCCAGGACCCGGAUAUCCCGGAGGUUAUGGAUAUUGAUGAUGAAUUCCCAACCAGACGAUGAAGCUGUCCUACUGUACAAUACCUAACUAGACCUGCUAAGUAAUUCUCAACACUUUUAAUGAAAUCCGCAAUCAUCUUCCAUGGAAAAUUCUCGUGGUAAAAUACGCUCAUUUAGCUCUUGAAUCCGUCGAUUGUUGAGCGAAUGAAACCUCUGCAAUGAGGCGCACCGCACAUGGGUGACCGGAUCACGUAUCGGGACAUUGGCAUCGGGCGCCAAAGACACGUUAGCGUGACUGCCACUCGCGUAGCACCAGCUACUUUGUGACAUUCGGCUUCGCUGCGCUCCAAGAUGUCAACUAGGAAAUCCUCGAAUGUGAUAUCAACGCCGGAGACACAUCGGGAUGUCCAUUGCGAGAUGUCGACCCGCCCGUUCCACAUGCGUGGUGUCCACGCCCAAGAACCGGACUUUCAUGGGCAUCUUGCUGCGGCGAUGAGGCCUUCGUGCGUGCUUGACGUGUGCCAUAUUCGCCCUUCCUCCAGGUUUCUGCGGUGACAGUGGGACACACCCUUUCUCAAUCUUCACAAGCCAGUUGUUCAGAAUACGGACCUCAAGCAACACAUCUUAUGCCCCACUCUCAUCAUCUCUUCUGCUUCCUUCUACUCUCUCAGCCGGGCUUGGCUGGUGCUGGUGAGCUACGUCUCAUGUCUCCUUUGGACGAUGCGUCAUUCACCCCAGAUGGACUGCCCCAAAGCGGACUACGCUCCUGCCGCCGCCUGGCAAUCCGACUACCCUGGGAUUGGAAAACCUGUCCCGCAGAUCUCCGAAACCGACACGGAGGGCAAGACGCUCUUGGCGUCGCUCGAGACUCGUAUCACAAACAUCGAGCCCAAAGGCGAAAACGGCGUGGCGAACGCGAACCUGCAGUCGAGAUGGACUAUUCUUGAUCAUGUUCGCAAUACAUGACGUCCAGGGAGGGGCAUUGCUCGACGUGCCGGCUACGCCCGAUCCGUCCACACUAGGGUUCGGACUCGACGACGGCCCGGUGUGUGCUCAUGACCCGUUAUCCGACUGUCGAGGCGCAGAACCAGGAGCUGGCGCUGCUCUGCAUUGGGUCGAAAGCUCCGGUCUAGCCACCCCAGGCCAAGCGGGCAGUGGAAGAUGGGCAAGAAGCCUGCAUUACUGUUCCCGUCGAGCGAGGACUGCAUUUACCGAUGAGCAAGCGUUCUGAGAGAUGUGAUGCGCCCUGCAUUCGAUCGAUCACGAUGCAGGCGGAUCCGCGAACUGGUUUCCUCCAUCUCAGCUGUCAAAAUCGGAAUCAGGAAUCAGCGUCGAUCCCCCCCAUGAGCGACAUCGACGAACACCUCAGGCCCCGCCGCGUGUCACGAUCUAGCCGUACCUCGCUUGUCAGCGCGCACACAGCACGUCGUCCCAAUCGCCAUAGUGAAGGGCCGCUCUAACCUAUCAGUCGAGACCCUUUUCACGAUGCAAACUUUUGCGAAUUGUGACUGUUGGCUGCUGGUGGGAGCGGGGGGCCUAGCACCACCCACAUCUCCCGCACAGGUCCCAUCAUCGUAGAGCGUCACGACAUCCACGUCGCCCACCGCUUGGAAGGCUGCUGCUGGUUCACCGGCGGUCGGGGGAAACCCCGUCGCGGCGCAACAUCCACCGGCCGGAACCCGGUGACAUCUCUGCUGCUGAGCAGACAGGGCUUAUAUAAGCGCUCUGUUCAUUGUGUAGCGCUUAUUGCAUGUGCAUUAGGAUUCGAGUGGCAUCAAAUGCAUCUACUUGCAUUGCAGCGUGACUGUGCCGUUUUUCAGACAUCUAGGGAGCCGCAGUGGAAACUUGAAU